GUGAUUUUUUGUUAUAUUAUCGAGAUAUUUUUAAAAUCUCGGCGAUAUUUGUUGCACGCUCCCCUCACAACGUUCCACGCUAAAUUCCAUGGGGCUUUGAAUUUGAAUCCCUCUCCCUACCUCCCAAACAUGCCCAUCUCCUGCCAAAAUCACAUCAAACUUCCAUUAAAUUACCAUUAUUGCCAUUGUUAUGUUGAGAAGAUCUCUCUCUCUUUCUUCGAUACCAUCCUUUUCUUUUCUCAAAUCCACCCAAAAAAUCCCCAAAUGGAUUCACAAUCUCUCUCUCCUCAAUCCCCAAAAGCAGCAUCACUGCAAAAAUACCACUUGUUAUAAAGAGGCAAGAGUAUCUGAUAUCUUAGAAAUAGUAGGCCCUUUGGACAAUCUUACCCCUCCUAAGUACCCCUAUUUCCACGUGGGUCUUUUGAGAAAAUGCAUCAAAUCCAAUGAUUUUUUUACGGGUAGGUUGGUCCAUGUUCAUUUGAUGAAAUUGGGAUAUGAUUCAGAUUGUAUGAUUUCAAAUUUGUUGUUGGAUAUGUAUGUUAAAGUGGGGUCUUUGGGUGAUUCCAUCCAACUGUUUGAUGAAAUGCCUGAGAGAGAUUUGGUAUCUUGGUGUACUUUAAUUUCUGGACAUGUUAGCUAUGGUUUUGAUUUCGAAGCACUCGGGUGGUUCAAGAGUAUGCAGGAGGAUGGGUUGAAGCCGAACGAGUUUGUUAUUGCAUCCAUUCUGAAGGCAUGUUCAGGCUCUGGGGUUGUAGAACUUGGCAUCCAAAUUCAUGGAUCGAGUAUGAAAAAUGGGUUCUGUUUUGAUGAGUUUGUAGAGAUUGGGAUGCUCGAUAUGUAUGCGAAAUGUGGGUUUUUAUCUGAAGCGCAUAAACUGUUUAAUGAAAUGGUGGUAAAGAAUUCCAUCUCUUGGAAUGUAUUGAUUUCAGGGUAUUCACGAAAUGGGUCUUUUCGGGAGGCGGUGGGGCUUUGCCGAGUGAUGUGUCGGACAGGUUUGGUGAUGGAUUUGGUGACAAUGAGACUAGUCAUGAGUGCAGGAACUGCUCUAGAGUCUUUAGACUUUUGUAAAAAUCUUCAUGUUUAUUCAAUUAAAAUUGGGUUGGAUGUUGAUAAUGUUGUGUUGGCGGAGCUGCUACGAACAGUGGCUAAGCUUGGGGAUGUAAUCUAUAUGCACAAGCUUUUCAAUACCUUUAGAAAACCCAAUGCAGCUUUGUUUUCUAUAAUUAUAUCCGGAUGUCAUCUACAUGGUCAGAGAGAAGAAGCUUUGAAACUUGUGGAACAACUUCUAGUUUCCGGUUUGGGGUUGAGUCAAGGAGCUCUAGUCGGUAUCCUCAAUUUGUGUUUAUAUGAAGAAGAGGGUGCACAAAUCCAUGCCUGUAUCCUGAAAAAUGGUUUUGAGCCGCAUCUUUCUAUCGGCAAUGCUUUGAUGUCCAUGUACAUACGAUGUGGAAAAAUGGAGGAUGCAAAUGUAACAUUUCUUAAGAUGUCAGUACAUGAUCUAGUUUCUUGGACUACUAUUAUGGCCGGCCAUGUUCAGAACUUGCAAUACGGAGAAGCACUUGAGCUGUUCCGUGUUUUUAGAAAAACAGGAAUGGUUUUUGAUCGGUAUACUGUGGCCACUGUGAUCAAUGCCUGCACAGGUCUUCAGGCUAUUGAUCAAGGCAAGCAGAUCCAUGCUUUGGCUUUGAAACUCGGGAUUGAAUUCUGUGACUUUCUGAUGACAUCUCUUCUUCAUAUGUAUUCAAAAUGCAGGUGGAUUGAAGACGCAGCUGUAUUGUUCUCCUCCAUGUCAGCCCCUCAUAGUUUGGUUUCAAUAAAUGUCAUGCUUGCCGGGUAUUGCUGGAAUUUGCAUGCUGGGAAGGCUCUGGAGCUCUUUGGUAAGGAGUACCAAAUGGGGCUAGUGCCUGAUCAGUUCAGCUUUUGUACUGUGCUUGGUGCAUGUGCUGAUCUGAGGUCCAUUGAGGUGGGUGAGCAGAUCCAUUCUUGUAUCACCAAGAGUGGUUUUGGAUUUUCUGACAUUGUUGUCGGAAAUGCAAUUACAAAACUCUAUGUUAAAUGUGGAAGCUUAGAUAGUGCUAAGAGAUCUUUUUCCAUCUUGAAAAGACGGGAUGCGAAUUCAUAUGCUAUAUUAAUAUCGGGUUAUCUGCUGAAUAAAAAUAGCCAAGAGGCUUUGAGAUUGUUCUGUCAGAUGCAUCGAAGUGGGGUGCAUUCAAAUCCAGUUGUUUUUGCUGUUAUUCUUAGAGGCUGUGCUGAUUUAGCAGCUAUCAGUCCAGGGAAACAGAUACAUGCCUUGGUUUUAAAGAUGGGUAUGAUUUUGAAUAUUUAUAUAGGCAACACAAUGGUAAGCAUGUAUGCUAAAUCUUCAUACAUGGAUGAAGCAAGGAAAAUUUUUGAUGAGAUGUUAAUACGAGAUGAUGUAUUGUGGAAUGCCAUGAUCACCGGGUAUUCACAGGUUGGAAGCAGAGAUGGGGCAUUCGAGCUGUUUGAAUUGAUGAAGCAGGAGGAAGUGAAUCGAGAUUAUUUCAGUUAUGUGGGUAUUUUAAGCGCCUGUGCAGGUUCUGCCGCUCUGAUGCAGGGGAUGUGCAUUCAUGCCCAUAUAGUUCGGAGUGGACUUGAAUCUGAUGUCUCUGUAGGAAAUUCUCUGGUAGAUAUGUAUGCCAAAUGUGGGAGCAUAAGAGACUCUUCGAAAGUUUUUGACACAAUGGUGAUACGAGAUGUGGUGUCAUGGAAUGCCAUGGUGUCUGGCUAUGCACAACAUGGAUGUGCAAACAAGGCAUUGGAAUUGUUUGAGCAGAUGCAGAGAGAAGGAAUACAGCCAGACCAUAUCACAUACAUUGCUGUUCUUUCAGCUUGUAGUCAUGUUGGUUUGGUUGACAAAGGGAUUCUCCAUUUCAAGUCAAUGACAGAAGAUCAUGGAGUGGUGGCAAUGGAAGAGCAUUAUGCCUGCAUGGUUGAUAUACUUGGCCGUGCUGGGCGAUUGGAUGAAGCUAACGGAUUUAUUAAUAAAAUGCCAGUUGAGCCCAGUGGGUUGAUGUGGAGAACUUUGUUGGCUGCUUGCAAAAGCCAUGGAAAUGUGGAGUUGGGAGCAAAGGCAGCAUGGAAGAUUCUUGACGGGGAGACAAAUGAUUCUGCAGCCCAUGUUUUGCUGUCAAAUAUAUAUGCUAUGUAUGGGAGAUGGGUCGAUGUAGAGAUGGUUAGGAAUGGGAUGCGAGGUAAGGGAGUGAAGAAAGACCCUGGUUGUAGCUGGAUAGAGAUAAAAGAUGGAAUGGAGGUUUUUCUUGUUGGGGGAGGGAGAAGUGGAAAUCCUUCCCAAAUUUUGAUGCAAUCUAAGAAGCCUCUGCUUUCUUUUGAUUCACAUUCUGGAGACUGGGGAUAGGGCUGUUUGGGCUGUUGUAUCAGUCAGAAGUUCAGAUGGUUCCUGCAAGACUAAUUGCUUGCAAUUGCAAAUUGGCCAUUACAUUGCAAGUCCAACAGAAUACACGAAUGGAAAAACAGGGGGUCGUGCUUUUGAGGACCUCCGGUGUUUGACACUUCCAAUCUGUCUGUCCAAAUUAUGUCAUCUACAAUGUUUUCUCACUGUACAUAUUUCAUUGGAUGAGUUUACUACACCUAAACAUGGGAAUGAUUUAUUGUACUACUAGAAGUCUUGGACUAGAAGUUUGUCAGAGCUGUAAACUUUACAUUCCUUUAUGUCCAAGGAAUAAAGGAACUAAUUAGCAAGGUACUAAUAUUCUUGCCUGUGGAUAUUACAGGGCAAAGAAGCAAAUGAUAGAAGCAAAUGUAUUUGUUAGAUGAAGCCAACUGGCUAUGCUUGAAAUGAUGUAUCUUCAGCUAGAAAAUUUCACAGCCAGUUCCUAAAGAUGUCAAACAACUCAUUCAUGAGGAUGGACUGCCAAUAUAGAAUUUACGGCCCAGGGCAGGCAAUGGCCUCAGCUAAGAGCUGUUAUAAGCAAUGCUAUCACGACUGCAGGGCCGGUGGUGGGUCGAAGUUUGUGUGUGGCUUGCGUUGUUUUCUUAAGUGCUAUGAUCAAUCUGAAUCAAAAGACCAUUUC